GGCCAUUCAUAUAUCUUCUUCGGGAAAAAGUCUAUUCAAGUUGUUUGCUUAUUUUUAAUUGGGUUAUGUGCAUUAUUUAUAAUUCAUUCUUUUGGUCAUUCAUUUGAGCACUUCUUACAUUCCAGGCCCUGUGAAGCACUGAGGAUAAAACAGUGAACACAUUAGUUGCCAAAGAUGAAAGGUCAAAGGAAUUAUUUUUUUUUUAAAUCUUUGUUUCCUGACUUCUCUUAUGAAAUCAGAUCUGGCAGCCGAUCCGGGCCUGAAUUUUCACAGGCCCAUUCUCUGUGGACAGCUUUAGGUGGGGCUGUACCUUGUCUCCAGUUCCCUCCCAGCUCCCGCCUGGCUGACUCACUCCCACCUGGCGUUUUAUAGUACCCAGCGCGCAUAGCUAAAGGCUUACUCUAGUUGUUUGAGUUGGUAGCAGCUGGGACUCCUGGCGGUCCUGCUCCAACUCCUUAAACUUUCCACAAACAAGCAAACAACUUUUCCUGAAACCAAAUCUCUUUAUUGUCUUUUUCAGGUUUAAAUGGGGGUAUCUGCCACUUUGUUUAAGAGUAGAAAAAGAAGAGGCCACCCUUCUUGACCAAGGCGCUUGGGAGUAUCUGAGGAAGGAGGGACGUAGAAUCAGUGGUGUUUGCACUCGGUCUUUCCAAACGAUGCGUGGUUCUUAAGUUUAUGAGCAAAUUGCAUUGAUAUGUGUUUCUAGAACCCUUCAAUCCUCUGAAGGAGCAACCUGUUUCCACCACAACCCUGCCCUACGCAGUCCCAGUUUCUUGGGUUCAAUUAGUAAACAAUUGUGGAAAAAUAGAAUUGAGAUUAGACAAUCUCUGUUGAUCAGUUAGGGACUAAAUCCAGAGCCUAAAGAAGAGAAUUACCCAUCCCAUCCUUUCUCCCUGGCUUGGGCAGGCAAGGCUGUAAUGCUGGGGCAGUGGUACUGAACUCUCCACUUCAGGCUCAGCUAUUUACCAGCAGGGCAGCCCACUUUGCCUCUCUGCACUUCAGUUUCCUUACCUGUACAAUGAGAGUUCAUAAUUCCCACCUGUAUUUUUCAGAAUUGGCUUCGUGUGUAUCACAAAAAUCCCCUCUCACCGUGGUUUUAGGAGAUGGGAGUUUCUUCUUCUGGGAGAUGGCCAGUCUGUGGCCGGCAUGGUAGAGCCUGCUGUCAGACUCCAGGCCCUUCUGUCUGUUGCUCUGUGGUGCCCAAGCUCACCAUGUGGUCCAAGAGAACUGUCAUGGGCAGCAUUACAGCCAGUGGGAAAGAAAAAAAGAUGUGCUUCUCUUUAAGGGUUCUUCUCAGAACCUGCACUCACGACCUCUCCUUACGUCCGCUUGGCCAGAACUUUAUUCUUGGACCAGACCACCUGCUGGGGAAGCUUGGAAAUGUGGUCUCUAUUCCACCUGGCCAUAGCCAGGUGAACAUCUGAGGGUGUAUUAUUAAGGGAGAAGGGGCUACUGGGGGUCUCUCUCAUACCAUCUAUCAGAGCCACCAUGAAGAUAAAGGAGAUAAUACACAGGGCAAUUGAACUGCAUUUCGCGGGGGGGCACAUUAAUCAACCUGUUGAUUUGCCAACUAGACACUCCAAGAAGCCACUGAAAACCAUGGUGAAUGUGUAGAAAACCAGAUUCCAAACAAAAUAGGACUCCGGGUCAUUUUGAGAAGAAGAGGGCCCGUGUUGUCAGGCAGAUGCCCCCGCUCCCCACCUUUAAUGAUCUGUUGACAAUGUGACCAUUAAACUGGCUGAGAUCAGUUUAAUACUGAGAUCAGUUUAAUACUGAGAUCAGUUUAAUACUGGCUGUAUUUCUCUGCCUUCUAAUCCAGAUGCUGGGCUGUUGGGAAGCGGCCUGCCAGGCUUUCAAGGGCAGUGGUAAGCCACUGAACGCAAAAAAUGUAUAUAGUUAGGAUUCACCAGUUGUAAGCAAUGGAAACCGAACUCGGACUGGCUUAAAUUUGUUUGUUUGUUCAUAUUUUAGAUUACAUAUAUAAGUGAGAUCAUGCAGUAUUAAUCUUUCUGUGUCUGGCUUAUUCCCCUUAAGCAUAAUGUCCUUUAGGUUCAUCCAUGUUGUUGCAAAUGGAGUUCAGCUUUCCCCUCCCCGACCCCCAGACUGGCUUAAAUUGAAAGAGGGAAUUUAUUGACUGUUGACUGAAGUGAAAAGUCCAGAGGUAGGUAGGCUUAACACGUGACUGGGUCUAGGUAUUCGACAAUCGCAAGAUUAAGUCUGUCACUGGGUCUUCCUGUCUCUGUUUCUGUCUCUCUUUGUCUCUCUGUCUCUUUCCAUCUCUCCUACUUUCCUCUGUGUUGACUUUCUUCUUAAGCAGGUUUUCUCCACAUGCUUGCUCUUGCCCCUAUCACCUUGGCAAACCCGAAGAAAAGAGCAUAUGUGUUUCCCAGGGGGCAAAAAUGGACGCCCUCCACAGUAUGCCUGUGAGUGAAGGAUUUGGGUACACAGUCUCUCUUGAGGGGUGUCAUGGUGACCACAGGGAACUACCUUAGUAGUUCUUUAGGUUUGUCAACCUGAGUGUGGGCUGCUGGCAGGGCUUCAGAGGCCCGUGACACCUGGCUGUUUUCUGCUCCAGCACACCUGGCUUAGGUGACUCCCUACAGCCCUUUGAGAAGAUUGCCCAGGGUUUUGGCACCAAGGCUCCAGGCCCCUGGCACUGAGUGGAAACUGGGGAGUAGGUUGGGGAAAAGAACCUUCUCUCUGAUUAACGACAGGACGUCAGCCUCCAGCUCUGGAGAGAUGGAUCGCACCGCCACCCUGCCCAUUGGAGGCCUCAGCCACGUCCAGGGCCACAGCACGUUGCACCUCAUUAACAAGACUGUGGGGCAAUGCCUGAAUGCCACAGCGCAGAGGGUCCCGGACCGAGAGGCCUUGGUCGUCCACCACGAAAACAUCAGGUUGACCUUUGCCCAGCUCAAGGAGGAGGUGGACAAAGCUGCUUCUGGGCUCCUGAGUACUGGCCUCCGCAAGGGUGACCGUCUGGGCAUGUGGGGACCCAACUCUUACGCAUGGGUACUCAUGCAGCUGGCCACGGCCCAGGCAGGCAUCAUUCUGGUGUCUGUGAACCCAGCCUACCAGGCUAUGGAGGUGGAGUAUGCCCUCAAGAAGGUGGGCUGCAAAGCCCUCGUGUUCCCCAGGCAAUUCAAGACCCAGCAUUACUACAACAUCCUGAAGCAGAUCUGUCCAGAGGUGGAGAAGGCCCAGCCGGGGCACUUGAAGAGUCAGAGGCUCCCAGAGCUGACCACAGUCAUCUCGGCGGACGCCACUCUGCCAGGGACGCUGCUUCUGGAUGAGGUGGUGGCAGCUGGCAGUCAAGAGCAGAAUCUGGCCCGGCUCCGGCACACCCAGCAGCUCCUGUCCUGCCAUGACCCCAUCAACAUCCAGUUCACCUCGGGGACAACCGGCAGCCCCAAGGGGGCCACGCUCUCCCACUACAACAUUGUCAACAACUCCAACAUGAUAGGAGAGCGCCUGAGACUGCACCAGAAGCCACCAGACAAGUCACGGGUGGUCCUGCCCAGCCCCCUGUACCACUGCCUGGGUUCCGUGGGAGGCACAAUGGUGAGCUUGAUGCACGGGGUCACCCUCAUCCUGUCCUCUCCGGUCUUUGAUGGCAAGAAGGCGCUGGAGGCCAUCAGCAGAGAGAGAGGCUCCUUGCUGUACGGAACUCCCACAAUGUUCGUGGACAUUCUGAACCAGCCAGACUUCUCAAGUUAUGACAUCUCAGCCAUGUGUGGAGGUGUGAUUGGUGGGUCCCCUGCAUCCUCAGAGCUGAUCCGAGCCAUCAUCAACAAGCUGAACAUGAAGGAACUGGUGGUGGUUUAUGGAGCCACAGAGAACAGUCCCGUGACCUUCAUGAACUUCACCGAGGACACUGUGGAGCAGAAGACGGAAAGUGUGGGCAGAAUUAUGCCUCACACAGAGGCCCAGAUCGUGAACGUGGAGACGGGGACACUGGCAGAGCUGAACACACCUGGAGAGCUGUGCAUCCGAGGGUACUGCGUCAUGCUGGGCUACUGGGGUGAGCCCUGGAAGACCGAGGAAGCAACUGGACAGGACAAGUGGUACCGGACAGGAGACAUUGCCAUGAUGGACGAGCAGGGCUUCUGCAAGAUUCUGGGCCGCUCCAAGGAUAUGAUCAUCCGCGGCGGUGAGAACAUCUAUCCCGCUGAGCUCGAGAACUUCCUUCACACACACCCACAGGUGCAGGAAGUGCAGGUGGUAGGAGUGAAGGAUGAGCGGAUGGGGGAGGAGAUCUGUGCCUGCAUUCAGCUCAAGAAAGGGGAGAAGACCACAGCGGAGGAGAUCAAGGCUUUCUGCAAAGGGAAGAUCUCCCACUUCAAGAUUCCGCGAUACAUCGUGUUUGUCACAAACUACCCCCUCACCGUCUCAGGAAAGGUCCAGAAAUUCAAACUAAGAGAGCAGAUGGAACACCAUCUAAACCUGUGAAUAAAGGAGUGGGGAGGAUCCUUCCUCCCUGCCCUUCCCCCACAUUCCCCUCGUGGGCUCUGCGAUUUGGCAUAAAGAGCUUCUCUGUUUA